AGUUCAUUCUUUAUGAUUGCAGAUUCUUAAGAAUGAAAAGAGAAUAAUGUUGUAUCUAUAUCUAUAUGAUUAAAAUCUAAAACAGGAAACAAAAGAUCCAGCAAUAUAUUUACAAAUAUACAAAAGUAGUGAUUGAGAGGUUGCAGUAAAUCAUCAAUUGGUUUGGACCACAUUUCUGAUCAUUGAUGUUGAAAGAAACUUGAGACAGAAUAUUGCACAAUUAAAACAUUGGAAGCAAAAAGACUGAAGAUCAAGAAAGUUGUCAAACGAGAAGUUCAAUCACUUACAGACCACGGUUUACAGGAAACCUGGAGGAAAUGAAAUGGAUAAUUCCUGAUUGCAGGUUAUAGUGUAAGGAACAAUGAAUCAAAAAGGGGAGGGCGAUCUGGGGGUCAGCAAAUGAUUAGUCGAAAGUAGAAUAAGUAAAGAUCAAAGAAAUACUGUGUUGGACAUUUCAAUGAGAUUGAUGGUGACGCCACGCAAAAAGAAUAUAAAUGUCAAGAAAUUGGAAAAAGAAGUACUGUAGAAGCCACAAGAUAAAAGUGAGAAGGAAUGAAGCAAAAAAAAAAGAUGUAUUACCAAGAACCACGACAGCUCCUUUAGAUAUUUAGAUAGGUUUUUUAGAAUGAAGAAAUAGACAUCUUUUAAGGUUAUUUCAUGAUAGCAAAACAUCAGAGACAUCGGCCAAAAUAAUACAAUUGAAUCCAAUGUAAAAUCAAAUUCAAAAACUCCACAUAUAUAACGGACACUUAAAAACCUAAAACGCUAAACAUCCAAGGUGGCAUCAUCAGUUAGAUACCCCAAUCCUUAACUGUUUCCGUGGAACUGAAUUGUAUCAAACUGAACAAAUCUUUUAGAGGUUUGAUAAAGAGUACCAGAGAAAAGAAAAGAAAUUCCACCAUCUCGUUAAAGAGGCGCUCAAAGAAUAAAAGAUCUUUAGAAGAAGGAGACGACUGCUUGACUCUUAAUUGGCAGUCGAUCUCGAUCAUUCGUAAUUGCUUGGAAGACGUUGUUCCAAACUAUUCGGUGUUUUAAUUCGUUCUGGAUCGAAGUGCAAGAAACACCGAGUUUCAAGUUCCAUCUUCGUUUCCACAGGUGAUCCGAUUGCAGAUCGUGAAGUCGUGCAGUUUCAGUUGGCUGGGGCUACAGAAUACGGUAUCUGUUAUAUCCUCCUCGUCGCGGUAGUCGUCGUCUGUCUGUCCGUAGUUGUUAGCACACCUGUACCUGCACAUUCCACACGCGGAGAGAAGCGGCCAAUUCUUGGUGGGGACGUCGAGGAACAUUCACCGAACCAGCAACUGGUAGAUGAGUGAGUGCAAGGUAAGAGCACCAGGCCAAAGCAAACCAGGCACUGGAAACAGUUGAUGAUGUCGAUGAUGGCAAUAGCCUUCUACGACCGACGACCGGCUUCACUUGUGAAACUAUUUCGCACACGUUGUUAUUAUUAUUAUUAUUAUUAUUGUUAGAUAGAGUUCGAUCGAAAAGUUUUUCUCCAUUGCGUGUUGCUACCGGCAACCAUUGACUGUUAACAGUUCCGUCGAUAUCAAGAGCGGAAAGCGGAAACGCACUUCAACUCAUCCUUCUCGCUUUCUGCCUGUCUCUUGCACGUGUUUACCAAAAAUCGACAAUAGUGAAAGAACGAACAUACUCAACCGAGUGCUCCUGCUCCUUUUUUAACUUCAAUAGUGUCCGUGGAAAACAAAAGAUAAACGAGAAACAACAAACAAGCCAUGGAUACUUAACUUUUAUCUUAUUGUUUCGUUUGUGUAGUUAGAGUUUGUGUAAGUAGUUGUGAACACUGACGUUUUAAUAGAAUUCGAGAGUCGGGCGCCUGUUGGUGUCUUUCAACACAAUAAUUUUAUGCAGUCUUCAAAUUGGCAAACAGAAUUGUAGCAGUGCCAUGUUGACCAUGGUGGAUUAUACAUCUCAAUAUGCAUCGUCUACCAUAAGUUCGGACACCCUUUCGGGCAGCGUGACCAGCGUGCAACCGAGGAUUAGAACUGUACGUUUGGUACGUCCGAACGUAGUUAAUUUACCUCCUCCCGGAUUAACAGCGAAACAUGGACCUACUCUGGGAUUUAGCAUUCGCGGUGGCAGAGAGUUUGGCACUGGAUUUUUUGUGUCCAAUGUCGAACUGGGAUCGGAAGCCCAAAGAAAUGGAUUAAAGGUGGGAGACCAGAUCCUUCGCAUCAAUGGAUUCGCCGUCGAAGAUGCGGUCCACAAAGAAGUUCUUCAACUUAUAUCGAACCACACACACCUAACCUUGAAAGUCCGAAGUGUUGGAAUGAUUCCAAUAAAAGAUAAGAGUACAGACCCUCUCACGUGGACAGUUAUUUCGGAAGGCAGUUCAUCCACAAGGUCAUCUCCUCAAUUAAGUGAAAAAAUUCACGACGUGAGAAUCAGCAUCAUGGUGGCACCACGAACGAAACUGGGCUGCGGGAUUUGCAAGGGUCCCGAUUGGAAACCAGGAAUCUUUGUACAAUUUACAAAGGAGGGGGGCAUCGCCAGAGAGGCUGGUCUACGACCAGGAGACCAAAUUCUCAUUUGCAACAAUGUCGACUUCAGUGAUAUUCCAUUCAAUGAGGCAGUAAAUUUGAUGAAAUCCGCUCGACAAUUGGAUCUUGUGGUCCGAAAGUCUCCACCAUGCGAGCUGUUUCCUGGGGAAUCGAGUGGAUACAACAGUUCUGCAAGUUCCGUUACAGGAGAUCAGAGUCCUUCUUGGUCAGAUUCGAAAAGGCUUUCAAUAGUCAAAGAAGAGUCCACAGAAUUAGAAGACAGACUGUGCCAAUUGAAAUCGUCAAAGAAAUGGAAAGAAGAAGUGUGGGAAGAAGAACCUAAACCACCAUACAAAACGACGGUUGUGAGCUUCAAAGAUACCAAAACUUUGAACGACUUCAUGGACGAAAACUCAACCUUAACUAGAGCAGUUUCAAAUAAAAUCGCUGACAUGAGGUUAUCAUCAUCAUCAUCGGCAGUGAAUAACCAAGAAACAAAGACUGUCGUUGCCGAAGUUCAUAAGAUUGAUAACAGCAGGAAAGACUUGGAAAACAGUCCGCCAUUCCAAAAAAAACAAGUGCCAGCUGAAAACUGCGACUCCUCCACUUUAUCCAGUGCUCUCAGUCUGGAGAUACAGAGGAGAAUGCAGAGGAAAUGUACUGAAAUGAAGAACAAGCCGAGCAUAGAUGAAGAACUACAGAAAAAGAAAAUUCUGAAGGGGAUCAGUACCAAUCAGCAGACACACCACACAAAACUUAUGGAUGAAUUUAAGUUGGUCCACAAGAAAAUGUUCAGGAGUUCUGAAGAAGUUGAGGAAGUUGUGGAGUCUGCAACGAUUACGACCGUGAACAAUAUUGCAGCAUCGCCAAAGGAUCGAGACUACAGUCGAGUAAGCACGAAAAGCGAUUCCUAUGGGUCUUCCCCGGUAUCAGAAGCCACAGAAAGGGUGUCGUCACCGAAGCAAAACGGCACCACGCCAAGUGUGUGUCCACCGCCACCUCCACCCCCGCCUCCAUUUGGAGAUGUUCCGUCCAAGACGGUCCCGCCAACAACGACUGUUUCAAGAUCACCUACCGAAAAACAAAAGCCAAAACAGCCUCCACCGGUUCCAAUCAAAUAUUCAACCCUUUCAACAACGAACAGACUGCCGCAAAAGAUUGGUGGUCAGCCUCCACCGUCUCCUAUCCCAGACUACGACAACCUCAACUUUUCGUCAAAUACGCUCACAAAAACCAAUUCGCCCAUAUAUGCCAAGCCAAUAACCAAAACUAGUCACUCAGAACAAGGAUCUACACCAGUCAAUGGGUCUGUUUCCAAAACCAACGGCUAUGGCACAUUAAAAAGUUCACCUGCCAAUGGAAUUGUCACGCCCAAACUUUUACUAAGCAACGGUGAUAGUCUUCCGAACAGCUUUGGGUCGCCCCCACAGUGUCCACCACUACCUGGCGCAGGUGGCGUAUCGCCGGAAACCUCCACGUUGAGAAAAAGACCAGUCAGUGUUGUAAUUGGAGAGUAUCCAUCAGAUACUCUAAGGAGGCAACCUGGGAAACUGGAUUUCCUUCAGAACAGUUUAGAUGAAAUCGAUCGAAGUUCUCAGUCAAGCGGAGAUUCGAUAAGCAGUCAACUGGCGAGUGAAUUGGCUCAAACCUUAAAUAGGUCAAACCUCAGGAGAAAAACGGAAUCCGUGGAGAAUUUGACUUGUUCCCGAAUUUCUUCUAAAAGUAACGGGACAGUCACUAUAUCGGUGGGCAGUAAUCUUCUAAGAAAUUUCGCUAGAUCCACUGAAAAUCUUUUAGACAGCAGAGAAAACAAGAUAAAUUCCAAUUCGAAUCGGGUCACAAUAAGUAUCGGACCCGUGAAAAAUUCCAAUUUUUCCAAUGGCUUACUUAAAACUGGCCAAUGAAUAGAAUAAUAAAUUGAUUGUACAUUGAAGUAAUCUUGAAAAAUACGAAUCGUGAGAAGUGCGUGCAAUCACAUAGAGCAUUAAAACAGCCCUUCAUACUUCCUUAUCUUCCCUCUUUUUUAUGUACUUAAUAAGUUUUAGCGUCAAUUAAAACUGUACUGAUUC